AUGACAGGGGCAAAGAGGAAAAAGAAAAGCAUGCUGUGGAGCAAGAUGCGUACUCCUCAGGGUGAAGACGUUAAAGAGUGGUGCAGAAGGUGUUUACCUAUUUUGGAAUGGGCUCCACGGUACAAUCUGAAGGAAAACCUGCUUCCAGACACUGUUUCUGGAAUAAUGUUGGCAGUUCAACAGGUGACACAAGGUUUGGCCUUUGCUAUUCUCUCAUCUGUGCACCCAGUAUUUGGCUUAUAUGGGUCCCUAUUUCCAGCCAUCAUUUAUGCCGUAUUUGGAAUGGGGCAUCAUGUUGCCACAGGCACCUUUGCCCUGACAUCCUUAAUUUCCGCCAAUGCAGUGGAGCGACUUGUCCCGCAGAGCAGCCAGAACCUCACCACACAGCGCAAUGCAAGCGUGCUGGGCUUAUCUGACUUUGAGCUGCAGAGGAUCAGUGUGGCGACAGCAGUUUCCUUCUUGGGAGGUAUAAUUCAGGUGAGCAUGUUUCUAUUACAACUGGGCAGUGCCACCUUUCUGCUUACGGAACCUGUGAUCAGCGCGAUGACAACUGGGGCUGCCACUCACGUAGUCACUUCACAAGUCAAGUAUCUCUUGGGAAUGAAAAUACCGUAUAUAUCUGGACCGCUUGGAUUCUUUUAUAUUUAUGCCUAUGUCUUUGAAAACAUCAAGUCUGUCCGACUGGAAGCUCUACUCUUAUCCUUACUGAGCAUUGUGGUACUUGUUCUUGUUAAAGAGCUGAAUGAGCAAUUUAAAAGGAAAAUUAAAAUUGUUCUUCCUGUCGAUUUAGUUUUGAUUAUUGCUGCAUCAUUUGCUUGUUACUGUACCAACAUGGAGAACACGUAUGGAUUGGAAGUACUCGGUCAUAUUCCAAGAGGAAUUCCUCCUCCGAGAGCUCCCCCAAUGAACAUGCUCUCCGCGGUCAUCACUGAAGCCUUCGGCGUGGCUCUGGUAGGCUACGCAGCCUCCCUGGCUCUAGCUCAAGGAUCUGCCAAAAAAUUCAAAUAUUCAGUCGAUGACAACCAGGAGUUCUUGGCCCACGGACUCAGCAAUGUGAUUUCUUCGUUUUUCUUCUGCAUCCCAAGCGCUGCUGCCAUGGGAAGGACUGCGGCUCUGUAUAGCACAGGAGCAAAGACUCAGGUGGCUUGUCUAAUAUCUUGCGUUUUCGUCCUAGUAGUCAUCUACGCAAUAGGACCUUUGCUUUACUGGCUACCCAUGUGUGUUCUUGCAAGUAUUAUUGUUGUGGGACUGAAAGGAAUGCUAAUACAGUUUCGAGAUUUAAAAAAGUAUUGGAAUGUGGAUAAAAUUGAUUGGGGCAUCUGGAUUAGUACAUAUGUGUUUACAAUAUGCUUUGCUGCCAACGUGGGACUGCUGUUUGGUGUUGUUUGCACUAUAGCGAUAGUGAUAGGACGCUUCCCAAGGACAAAGACUGUAAGUGUAAAAAAUAUGAAAGAAAUGGAAUUUAAAGUGAAGACAGAAUUGGAGGAAGAAAUGCUGCCACAGUUGAAAAUUAUUUCAAUAAACAACCCACUUGUGUUCCUGAAUUCCAAGAAAUUUCGUACUGAUGUAAUGAACAUCAUCCAAAAGGAACACGCCAACUACCAGGCGGUAGAUGAUAUCAGCAAGUGUGAACAAAAUACAUUGCUCAAUUCUCUAUCUAAUGGCAACUGCAAUGAAGAAACUUUGCAGCCCUUCCCUCCUGAGAAGUGUUCACUGAUCCUGGACUGCAGCGGAUUGGCCUUCUUUGACUCUUCUGCAGUCUCUGUGCUGGUUGAGGUCUACAUGGACUGUCAGACCAGGAAUGUGGAUAUAUCGUUAGCCAAUUGCACAGCUUCCUUGACAAAAGCAAUGGAGUACUAUGGAAACCUAGACUUGGAGAAACCAAUUUUCUUUGAAUCAGUGUCUGCUGCAAUAAGAAACAGCUAUUCAAAUAAGAAUUUGAACAAGGUCAGUGACCACAGCGAAGUGUGA